AUGGUGACGGACGUGAACCAAGCCACGAUCGCUCUGGAGAAGUCGGCUGCCCAUCAUGUGGAGGAUACGCUGGGCGUUGGUGCUAUCAUGGAGGCGAAGCAGGCCACCGAUGAAGAGCAUGCACAAAACCUCUGGCAGGCCCUGCGAGCCAAUCGCAAGGCUGUUAUGUGGUCUGUCUUGAUUUCCAUGUCGGUUAUCAUGGAGGGAUACGAUACCAUCCUGAUGGGCAACUUCUUUGCCUUUCCCACAUUCCAGCAAAAGUAUGGCCAAUACUAUGGCGGAAAAAUUGGCUGGCAGGUGUCGGCCCCUUGGCAGACCGGGCUGAACAUGGCCAGCACAGUUGGUUGUAUCUUUGGUGGCCUCCUGAAUGGCUACUUUGCCAGCAAGUUUGGGUAUCGAAAAGUCAUGAUGAUAGCGCUGCUAUUCUUGACCGCGUUCAUCUUCAUCGUCUUUUUCGCCAACUCCGCCGGUGUGCUACUCGUGGGUCAGGUCCUCUGUGGUCUGUCCUGGGGCGUGUUCGCGACGGUCGGACCCGCCUACGCUUCAGAGGUCUGCCCGACCAACCUGCGUGGUUACCUUACAAUCUAUGUCAACAUGUGCUGGGCCAUCGGCCAGAUGAUCGCAUCUGGCGUGCUUUAUGGUCUCUUACACCGGUCGGAUCAAUGGUCCUAUCGCAUCCCUUUUGCCUUGCAGUGGAUCUGGCCUGUACCCUUGAUGGUUAUCUGCUGGUUGGCCCCGGAGAGUCCCUGGUACCUGGUCCGCAGCGAUCGUCUCGAGCAAGCCAAGCACAGUAUCCGUCGCCUAGGGGGAGACAAGACUGAGGAUCAAAUCAAUGGCCAGCUGGCGAUGAUGGUCCACACGGCUAAGAUUGAGUCCGAGAUCGAAGCAGGCACCACGUACUGGGACUGCUUCAAGGGGGUCGAUUUGCGCCGCACAGAAAUCUGCUGUAUGGCUUUCUGUGGCCAGAUUCUGUCCGGCAGCACGUUUGCCUACUCCCCCACGUAUUUCUUCGAGCAGGCCGGCAUGGAUAACAACCGGGCAUUCCAGCUAGGCGUGGGUUGUACCGGAGUGGCUUUGGUUGGAACUGCGCUAUCUUGGUGGCUGAUCACCUACUUUGGCCGGCGAACCCUCUAUAUUUGGGGUCAGGGCCUUCUUUGCACUUUCUUGUUCAUCAUUGGGAUCAUCAAUUCGGCCUCCCAUACCACCGACGCCCUAUGGGCGCAAGCCUCGUUCUGCUUCCUCUGGCUGUUCGUCUUCGCCCUGACCAUUGGCCCCAUCACAUAUGCCAUUAUAUCGGAGACUUCCUCGGUGCGUCUGCGACCCUUGACUGUUUGCCUCGCGCGCACGGCCUACCAGGUAGUCAAUGUCGUUUCGCAGGUGCUGGAGCCUUACUUCAUGAACCCCACUGCCUGGAACGCGUCUGGCAAGACUGGAUUCUUCUGGGGUGGCACGGCCCUGCUCGUCUUCAUUUGGGCAUUCUUCCGUCUGCCUGAGCCCAAGGGGCGUACCUAUGCUGAGCUGGACAUCCUCUUUGCGACCAAAACCCCUGCUCGUAAGUUCGCCUCUACCCACGUGGAUCCGUAUGCCAUCGGUGUGUCCCCCUCCCAGGAGGGACUUGUUCGCAAUGAGACGAUGCAAGAGGUGAAGGAGUGA